ACGAGGCAGGUAUUGGAAAGAAGAGGACAUGGACUUGGGAAGGCAGGUAAGGGUGCCUGCCAAAUGCAAGUCCAGGAGAAGGCACAGCAACCUAUCGGUGCAGAGACUUUUUUGUUGCUCUUGCCUUCGGACAGGUAAGAAAGACUCUUGCCUUAGCUAUGAGUGCAAUGAAGAAAAUGAAUCCUGGACUAGUAGGGAUGGAGAAAAUGUUUAUAUCGUUGUGGAAGACCUGGGGCUGGACAACCCUAACUUCACCCUUCCAGAAAUAGAAGACUCUUUGUCUGCCCAGAGAACUGCGAUGGGUCGCUCUGCAAGCUCAGUGUCUUCAUGUCAGAGAGCAGUGCAAAAAAGCAAGCUAGCACCCCUCUCCUCAAUGCCUCUACAGUCCAGAACCACCCAGGGUAGCCUGAACAGUGAAGAUUAUGACUCUGCUGUAGAUUCUCUUCUUUUUGGAAAUGGCAGUGCCAGUGCCAGUGAUGGUGGCCUCCUCACACCACCUGUUAUCAAUCUAAUUCCACCUACACCCUCAGAUGUCAUCGAUGACGACCAGUUUUUUGACAUCAACUCAGAGGAAGAGAGUGUGGCUUAUACUUCGGGAAGUGAAGGGAUGGACAGCAUAGGUACUGUGGCCCCAGGAGACCACGAAAGUGAAGAAGAAGAGGAAGAAAAAACAGAACAGGUUGCUGGACCUGAAGAGAUUAAUCCUACCAAAGCUAAGGAUGAAGAUGUAGAGGUUGAGAUUAAAGAGGAAGGAGAUGGAGCCAAGAAGGAGAAGUCGGAGCAAAAGAAGAUGAACUUCCUGCGCAGCUCCUUUCAAGUGCCCCCUCUUCCAGAUUAUCCAUGGAAGAGGAGCCUCAAUGCUGGAAUCAAUUUACUGCAAUUUACUGAACACAACUUGGAUGAUCUGAACAAUAAGGACAUGGCUAACCAUGAUUUACUAAAGGCAGAACUAAGAUUGCUGCCUUUCAACAAUAUCAUGGAUUCCCUACUUUACCAAAAGAGACCAGCUGCACGGUCUUGCAGUUUGGGAGAAAGAAUGCCACAAAGUCGUACCUUUUACUCCAUACAUCAUAGUGCAGAUGACAUUUCAGAAGAUGAAGGGUCACCAAGGCAAAGGAGAAUAACUAUUGCAUCCUACAUACCUCAAUCAAAGGACCAGAAUGGAAACUUCGCAGCACACGACUUGAACAGGCCCCGAGCCAAAACACUGGCAGAGUUGAACACAGAGGAGGUCUGCCAGUGGUUCAGCAGCAUUGGCCUUGAGAAAUGCCUGCCCUUCAUUAAAGAGGCAGAACUAAGUGGGUCCCACAUUGCUUGCAUUGACCUCAAUAUUCUGGAUGUCCUCCAAGUGUCUGGACUCGAGGAACGAGAGAAGUUGCUGUCUGCCAUCUACAAAGAGCUUCACCCACCCAAUCCCACCACUCAGAAACUUGACUCCCUUCUAGAAACAUUUGGUCCAAACAACAUUGAAAAAUUUACUGCUGCUUUAAUGUCCAUGACCAAGUCAAAGUCCUCACCACAGAUCAACUGUGUCACCAUGAACCAACAUUCACAUAAAUUCAGACACAAAGAGAAAAAUCAUCUUGUGGAAGUCACGAUUAAUGCUUUAGAACAGAUUGUUCAUUUAAGGGCACCAAAAGAUACCAGUGUUGGGAAAGUCAUGGAAUCCUGCUUGAGAAUGUUGGGAAUAAAAGAAGAUAGGAAACAUUUCAGCUUGAAAGGCAACAAAGGCAGUUCAGAAGAGUUCUCCAUGAUCCAGCAGAUUGGCAGCUUGCUGGGUUCAGAGACCAGGCUACUGGAGCUUGAAUUGUGUAAAAAGUUUCUCCCAGAGAAACCAAGCGAUGCUCCAGAAUCCCCUGAAUGCAGCAUAUUAAGUGUACUUGAAGACAACAUCCAAAAUAUGAAUCAGCAAAGCAAAGAUGGGAAGAUUCAAGAGCUAAAUCAACAAGUGGACUCGCUCAAAAAUGUCAUCCUACAAGUCCAAGAGCUUCACCAGGGUCUGGUGGCAUUUUGCUCUGAGCUGAAGACCUUUGACGGACAGCUAGACGCUGAAAUGCUGGACAGCCUGGAGCUAAAGAGACGUCUAAGUCAAACCCAGGAUCAACUGCAGGAAAAGAGACAGAGUGUUCAGACACUGAGACUCAACCUUAAUACUGCACCAGGGCAGAAAAACAAGCGAGCAGAGGUUAGGUUGCUUGAAAAGAUGAGGAUGAACUGUCAGGUGUUUCAAGAUGAGAUUGCACUGGUGCACCUCAAUCGGCACGUGGCUUACUUACAGACAGCACUGGAGGAGGCUGAGGCUAAGGAAAGCGCAGCAAAAAAGAAAUCCACUUUGGCACAGCUUGUGUCUCCAGAGUGUCCUGCCAUGCUGGUGGCCAUUGAGGAGCGAGCAGGCCCAGACAGCCACUAUAACUUCACUGCUCACUGGGUGGAAGGUAAUGGACUGCAGGUGGUACAUUCCGAGAGCAGUAACCUCUGCCUCAAUGACAGACUGGUGGAGGUGAAUGGGGUGAGUGUGGUGGGGAGCACUGAGGAUGAGCUAGCUGCUCUCCUUCAAAGGCCAUUUUCUCAGCUGGUCAUCCUGCGCAAGCUAGACUUGCAGCCAUCUCUGAAGCACCCUCAAUGCCAUCAGACCACAGCCAUGAGGGGAUCAGAUGGAUCAGCACCACAGUAAACAUGGCAUGCUACUGUCAGAAACACUCUUUAUUGAGCCAUAUGCAGUCACACAUUGCCAAAACGACUGUGGUUUUCAUUGUUUAUCUAAUUUGGCUGAUAUUCCAUAUUUCAGUAAGAUAAUUAUCUGAUUAAUUUUGUAUGUCAUUGAACCUGCCCUUAAUUUUUUUUCCUAGCAUCCGUCAGGUCCUUGCUUGGGUGUAAUCAUGCCACCCUAUUCAUUUUUUUAAUUUUUAAAGACUGUGUUCUAGAUAAUAAGGGUUAGAGUUGCCUCUUUUGUGCUGGUGGUGCUAUGUGUUGAUGCUUUGACACUUGUACAAAGUGCUUUUAAUUCAAUAUUAAUUUAAAAGGAUUUGGACCAAUAUCAAAUCGAUACCUUUUGUAAACAUGCCUACUUACAUCAGUCAUGCAGUAUAUUAUGCAAAAUUACUUUACUUACUACUUUGUGGAAGAAAUAGACUCAUUACUCAUUACCUUCUCUGUUACUCUCUGAAAUACAGAAAAAAUUCUACCAACCAGGAAGUACACAGUGACACCCAGUUGCGCUUUCAAUACUUUUUUAAGUAAUGAAACAAAUGAACAAAUGAAACAUAAUUGAAACAAUUUAAUAGUAGAUAAAUGCUCCAGAAAUUCAGAGCUGCUUUCUGCUUAAUUACUGUGUGGGCAUGUUAGAUCACAUAUUGAUUGACAGUGGUAUUUCCCUGGCAACAUAAAUAACCUGGCGCCAGUGGCAGUGGCAAGCAACGACAGCCACAAUGUUAGAGAUGAGAGAUUUUCUAUGUGCAGGGUUAUGAUGUUAUCUAUUGUGCCAGUUUUUGUGUCUUCUUCUUUUCCACACCUGGAUACGUUGCCCUCCACAGGCAUGGCAUUCUUCAACAGAAACUAAAUUGAUAAGAUCCGUCACACUAAUGUUGGCUUGCAGCGUGGAUGCUUUCAUCAGUAACCAGAUUAACACUAAAGAUUUAUUGCGAUUUCCAAUGCUUGUAUGAUGUAUUUGUGCAAUGUAUGCUGGGUGUUGUAAGAACUCUUUACUCAUUUUGUGCUACUUUGCUUAUGUUGUCUGUUGUGACUUGCAAUGUACAUAAAUGUUCUUUCCUCACAACCUUUUCGAUCUCUUGUUUCUCUGACCAUUUGCUAAUUUGGCCAUCAGCAAUCUGGGCUUCAGUUGAGGUUUUACUGGAUAUUUUAAAUCUCCUCCAGUUACCUUUGUGACCUCUGUUGUCCCUUUGCUGCAGCAUGACAAUUGUAGAUGAUGAAAUACCCAGGUUCUUUGCUGUUUUACAUUGAGAAAUGUUAUUUGCUCUUUCACAGGGUGGUGAGCCUCUCUGGGAUACACUUUUUUAUAUGCAAUCAUG